UCAUGCUGCUGCCAGGUCCAGAGUCUGUCAUGGGUCCCUGUACGGCCUCCCAUUGCUGCUGUCUCCAUCGCCACACUCUGCCAUGUGCCACUUUCAGGUCUCCUCACACAUGCUGGUGUGUUGAAUUUUUUUUCAGGGUGCUGGCAGAUUACGGGCCUCCCAUAGCUGCUGCCAGGCCCCUAAUCUGCCAUGGGCCCCUAUAUACCGCCUCCUCAUGCUGCUGCCAGGGUCCAGAGUCUCUCAUGGGUCCCUGUACGGCCUCCCAUUGCUGCUGUCUCCAUCGCCACACUCUGCCAUGUGCCACUUUCAGGUCUCCUCACACACUGCUGGUGUGUUGAAUUUUUUGAC